AUGGAAGCCAAAUCUGACGGCAGCGCCGCUCUCAGGGCCUCCCCUGAGGAGUCGUGCAGAGAGCGCUGCACUUCUGCUGCAGCAGCAACAGCAGCAACGGAAGCAGCAGCGACCGCUGUUCUUCCUGCUGCUGCAGCAACAGCAGCAGAAGCAACUGCUGCUCCUUCUGCAGCAGCGGCGGCAGAUACAAUACCACCGACAGUCGGAGCAUUUGAGACAGCUUCUCAGCAUGCAGCAGCAGCAGCAGCACUUGCUGCUGCUGCUGCUGCUGGUGGGGCUCCCGCUAUGUCCCCCGCAGGCCCAGCAGCAGGUGGCGAAUGUGCUGCUGCGGCUGCCUCUGCUGCUGCUGCUGCAGUAUCAGCAGCAAAUUUGGCUGUAGUCACAGCAGCGGGACCAGCUGGGGCAGCAGAGCCAGCCGUAGCAGCUGAAUCACCCACAGCAGCAGCAGCAGCAGCAGCAGAGCCACGUGCAGCAGCAACAACGGAACAACCAACAGCAGCAGCAGCAGAAGCACCACCUGCAGCAGCAGCAGCAGAAGCAGGUGCAGGGGGGUCGCCCCUGGUGGUGAGUUCGUGUGGGUCUGCGGCGGCGGUUCAGCAGGAAACGGCAGCAGCAGAAGCAGCAGAAGCAGCAGCAGCAGCAGCAGCUUCUGCUGCUGCUGCAGCACCGCCUAGUGCUUGUCUGGACCCUGCUGAACUUUGCAGGAUAUUUUUUGUGCAGGUGCAGCAGCUGCUGCCAGAUGAUGCAGCAGCACUAGCUACAGGAGUGGGGGGAGCAGCAGCAGCAACAGCAGCAGCAGCAACAACAGCAGCAGCAGCAGCAGCAGAUGCUGCUGCUGCUGCGGUCAGGGAACCGCGGGAUAAGAUUUGCGACUUUGAGGCAGACGCCGAUGAUUCCUCGCUAAACAAAAUAUCCCUGGAGUACUCCUAUGAGUUUAUAAGGGUUAAUAGUGCGUACGGCAUGGUGUACCGCGGGUUUAUGAAGGACGGCUUGGAGGUCGCAGUCAAGCGGCUUAACGACCCUGCAGAAGCCAGCUUCGAGAGAGAAGUUGUUGUGCUGUCGAAGUUCAGACACCCGAAUUUGGUGAUAUUGUUGGGGUUUGCUCGUCAUGGAAAGGACCGAUUCCUAAUUUAUGAGAUGAUGGCUGGGGGAGACGUCGCGGGGCAUCUUCAGAAAGGGACGCUAACGUGGCUGGAUCGGCUGUGCAUAGCUCUAGACACCGCAGUGGCUCUGUCUCAUCUCCAUCGACACUGCCCCACAGUCUAUCACCGAGAUAUAAAGACAGCAAAUAUAUUAUUAGAUAAACACAAACACGCGAAGGUGUCUGACUUUGGGUUGGCUUGUCUUGCGAAGAAGGGGACAGGGCGAUUCCCAGUGCGACAGACAGCGGGGACAGUUGGAUAUGCAGACCCUAAGUAUAUUGCAAGCUCCGUGGUGUCUGAGAUGGCUGAGGUGUAUUCGCUGGGGAUGGUUAUGUUAGAACUGCUCACUGCAAAGCCGCCAGUCGUACUCAACUCUGAUGGUUCUUUAACAUUUGUGCUAGCAUUCUUAGCUCGAGACGUGUCUCGUCUACUUAGAGCAGCAGACGCUCGAGCGCAGUUUCCUUCUUCAGUUUUGCAUACAUUUGCUGAGUUAGCAGUUAGCUGUAUCCGCGACGAUGAUACGAAGCGUCCCUCCUUUCAGAGUAUUGUGAGGCAGCUUCGAUGUUUAAAAGAAGCAGCAACAAGUCUGUGCAUCAACCCCAAGUCUUUCUCUUCAAGAGAUUGGGGGGUGCUGCCUCUGCUGCAGCGGCACCUUCCAGUGGGCCCCACAGUCCCUGAGGCUCUGAGGCUGCUGAAGCAGAGGCCUCCUUUGCCUGCUGCUCCUGCUGCUGCUGUUCCUGCUGCUGCUGCUGCUGCUGCAGCCUCAGCAGCAGCAAAGCCAUCGCGGCACCAGCAGACAUCUGGUACCUCAGCUCAGGAAGGGGAGAAGGCUAUGGCUGCCUCUGCUGCAGACAGAAAAGACGUCACUGUGGGGUUGUCUCCCCCUGCAGCAGUUUGUGCGGAAGACAACAACUGCAGCAGCAGCAGCAGCGACGCCGACGAGCAGCAGCAGCAGCAGCAACAACAACAGCAGCAGCAACAGGAUGUGGUGGUGAAGCAGGAAGCAAGGAUUGAAGGACAGCCAAGUGCUGCUGCUGCUGCUGCUGCUGCUUCUGUUGGGGUUAUUGAGGCCCACGCUGCUGUCAGUCCCCAGCUAUCUCACACUUCCAGGGAAGCAGCAACAGCAGCAGCAGCAGCACAAGCCCCUGCAGCUCCUGCUGCUGCUGCUGCUGCGUGCGUUCCCGCUGCGGUGAACCUGACAGCAGCAGCUAAUGCAGGCUACGUUGCUGCUGCAGCACCUCAUUGUGCUGCGGCACCAGCGAGGGCGCCGACAGCAGCAGCUGCUGCUGCUGAUGCUGCAGCAGCAGGCGCAGCAGCAACUGCAGCAGCAGAGUCGGAUGUGUCUCCUGCUGCUGCAUGCUCGGCAACGGCAGCAACAAAAGUAGCAGCAGCAACAACAACAACAACAGGGGUUGGUGUUGCUUCGUGGACCUCUGCAUCGUGUACAGGCAAGGAAGCAGCAGCAGCAGCAGCUGCUGCUGCUGCUGCCUCACGGCAGCACUCCCGCAGCACGGGGUCUCUAUGCAGAGACACCGGAGACACUCAGCGCGACUUGCAGGAGGAGCAGCUAAGACAUGAGUUGGAGGUGCAGCAGCAGCAGCAGCUGCAGCAGCACAAGCAGCAAAACUGUCGCUUCGCUCUCCCCCACACAGUUACAGUUAUAAAGGGAGAAGACACCGGAGACAUGCCAGCAGCAGCAGCAGCAGCAGCUUCUGCUGCGGCUGCUGUUGCUGCUGCUGGAGCGCAAGGCACAGCUGUGUCGAUGCCUUCAUGCGCAGCCUUCUUGGCGGGGCCUGCAGCAGCAGCAGCAGCAGCAACUAGCAGUGGAGACAGCGUGCUGCUUGCUGCAGCAGCAUGGCCUCGCAGCGAGCAGCAGCAGCAGCAGCAACAGAAGCAGAAACGGCAGCGCCGGAAGGGAAGCAGGAAGCAACAGCAACUGCUAGGGGGUGAAGGAGAGUGUCGGCUGCUGCAGCAGCAGCUGCAGCAGCAGCUGCAGCUGCAGCUGCAGCAGCAACGGAGACUCCGUGGAUGCACCGCCAGCACCACCAGCACUAUGACGAAUGGGGGCAGCAUCAGCAACAUGAGUAAGUGCGGCAGCAACAUCUGCAGCAGCAGCAGCAACGGCUGGAGCAGCUGCUACAACAGCAACCACAGCAUUCAUUCAGCUGUCUUCUUGUCAGCCAACCGUCUGCUCCGUUACGCAGAUUUCUUAGGGGAAGCAGCAGCAGCAGGCAAGAGCCCCAGCAGCAGGGCUUCAACGCGCAGCGGUGUGCUGGCUGCUGCUGCUGCUGCAGCAGCAGCAGCAAGCGCGGGAGUCAGCUCUCCUGCAGGAGGAGCCUCCCCUUCAGCAGCAGCAGCAGCUGCUGCUGCUGCAGCAAGAAAAGACAGCACUCGCUUGCUUCGCUCCGUUGCUGCAGCACCUCUAGGCAGAGUCGUGCGCCGUACAGACGCCCCUGUCUCCUCCAACGAGCAGCAGCAACUCCAGCAGCAGCAGCAGAUGCAGCUGAAGAAACAGCAGCAUGGGCAGCAGCAAAAGGUGCUGCUGCAACAACAGCAGCAGGUGCAGCAGCAGCAACAGCAGCAGACGCAGGACCUGCAGCAGCAACCGCGGAUGCACCAACAACAAAUGCAGCAGCAAAUGCAGCAGCAGCAACAGCAGGUGCAUGUGCUGCAGCAGCAAAAAGGGCAUCAAGUUUUGCUGCUGCAGGGACAACGGCGAGUUGUCUCCUCUUGUGCUCUCGUGCUGCCGCUCAGCAGAGGGGUAACGGAGGGGAGACAGCAGCCAGCAGCAGCAGCAAAUGCAGCAGGCCCGUCUGUAGCGGCAAAUGCAGCAGCUGCAGCACCAACAGCAGCAGCAGCUCCUGUUGCUGCUGCAGCACCAAGCAAGCAGACGAAUGCGUCGCCGCCGCAGAUACUGCUGCACUGCCAACCCCAAAGCGGCAGCAACGCAAGCAAAGAGGAUUUGAUAGGUGCAGGGCAGCAGCAGCAGCAGCAACUGCAGCAGCAGCAGGAGCAGCAGCAAGAGCUGGUGCAUGCUGCAGCGAAGACACCGCUGGGGUUUGUCUCGUCGCUGCUUAGCAGUCUAAGCCUUGCAGGCAAAGUCGAACGAAGGCCCCAACAGCAAAGCAGCACAGCAGCAGCAGCAGCAGCAGCAACGACACCAGGAGGGGCAGCAGCAGCGGAGCAGCAGCAGAUCUACGGGGCUGAAGGGCUUCACGCUGGAGCAGCUGCAGCAGCAACGGGCGCACCAGCAGCAACAUCUGCAGCUGCUACUAACCCCUCAUGGCGGCUGUCUCCCACGUCUAUAGAAGCAAAAGAAGCAGCAACAGCAGCAAGAGCAGCAGCAGCAAAGGCAGCAGCAGCUGCAGCAGCUGCAGCAGCUGCUGGAAGUGUGCGGCGCAACGUCAUCGUCACACCCCCUGCUGCAGCGGAGACACACCAGCGGCAGCUACCCGCUUUGCUGCAGCAGCUAGAGCAGCAGAAGCAGCAGCAGCCAGAGACAAUCGAAUGUUGGGCACCGCCAGCAAAGGAGGGGCCCAGCCGACUUGCAGCAGACUUAGCAGCAGCUGCAGGGAAGGCAGCAGCAGCUGCUGCUGCUGCUUCGAGUCCUUCAGGGGUCCAGAAACAACAGCAGCUGCAGCAGCAACAACAACAGCAGCAGCUGCAGCUGCAGCAAAAGCAGCAGCAACUGAAGCAGCUGCAACUGCAACAACAACUACAGCCAAAGCAGCUGCAGCAGCAACUGCAGCUGCAGCAGCAACUGCAGCAGCAGCAACUGCAGCAGCAGCAGCUGCAGCAACAAAAGCAGCAGCUGCAGAAGCAGCAGCUACAGCAACAACAGCAGCAGCUGCAUCAACAACAGCAGCUGCAGCACCAACUGCAACAGAAACAGCAGAAACUGCAGCAGCAGCAGAUUCAGCAGGUGCUGCUGCAGCGCAGCGCGACUCUAUCGAAGCUGCAAUCCUUUUUUUAA